UUCUUUUUCCCAAAACAAAACUGAAAACCGAGAUGCAGAGAGACAGAGAGGCACUCACUCAGACACACAUAUCUAAAUGGCCAUACUAAUGUUUCAUCAACAUUAAAUUAUUUUCAAAAGAACCCAAUAGCCAAGCACCCUCAAAUCAUUUCAGUUCCAGAUCAAUCAUCACAAGCUCCAAACCAGGAGCCUUCCCCAUUCCAUUUCUGUCUUUUGUUGAAACUUAAAAAAGAUGUUGAAGCUGCUGAUCUUAUUUGUUGUAAUAAUGAUUGAGAUUUUUAGUUCCACAUUGUCUUCUUCACUUCCUGUAAAAGUAGGAUCACCUGUUUCUCACCCAGUUCUUCCAAGUGAGAAAGAACCCAUCUUUCAGCUUUCGUCAAACUCAACUGCCCUUUCUCCAGGGGCAGCAGAUGUCAGAGCAAUCCAGCACCAAACCUUAAAGAAGAAAGUUCUAAUUGCUCUCAUUGUAUCCUCAUCCAUUCUUGGUGGAAUUGUGCUGUUAUUAUCUGGUUUUUGGGUUAACAGGCUGACUAAAUUGAAGAAAUUCAAUGAAAGAUGGAAGUAUAAUGCAGGUUUACAAGUAAACGACAAAAAAAUGAUACCUUUUAAAGUCAAUGGCGGUAGGAAGGGCUUAGUUGAUCUAAUUGAAUACCCUAUGUUACUAGCUGCUACGAACAACUUCGCGGAGGCAAAUGUUUUGGGUGAAGGGAGAUUAGGGCGCGUGUAUAAAGCAAGAUUUGGCAAUGACUUUGAGGCAGCUGUUAAGAGACUUUCUUCUGGUGGUGAACAAGAUGCUAUUAAGAAAGAAUUUGAGAAUGAGCUAGAUUUGUUGAGUAAGGUUCAGCAUCAAAACAUAGUUUCUCUCUUAGGGUACUCUGUUGAUGGUGAUAUGUGUCUCUUGGUGUAUGAAAUGAUGCACAACAGUUCUUUGGAAUUUCAAUUGCAUGGACCGCCUCAUGGGUCAGCUUUAAGUUGGCCUCUCCGGAUGAAAAUUGCUUUAGACGUUGCAAGAGGAUUGGAAUACCUUCACGAGCAUUGCCUCCCAAGUGUUAUCCAUAGGAAUCUCAAAUCGUCCAAGAUACUUCUUGAUAACAACUUCAAUGCUAAGAUUUCUGAUUUCGGCCUGUGUGCAAGUGGUGGAAACAUAAACAAGAGCAUUGCCAAGAUUUCAGGAUCACAGGGUUAUGUUGCACCAGAAUAUCUUUUAGACGGUAAGAUAAGUGAUAAAACAGAUGUGUAUGCUUUUGGCAUUAUUCUUCUAGAGCUUUUGUUGGGGAAAAUGCCCAUAGAGAAAGUGGGAGAAACUAAGUGUCAAUCAUUAGUUACAUGGGCAAUGCCCCAGCUUACUGACCGAUCAAAGCUUCCGACUAUUGUUGAUCCUGUAAUCAAGAACACAAUGGACGUGAAGCACUUGUAUCAGGUUGCUGCUGUGGCGGUGUUAUGUGUGCAACCAGAACCAAGCUAUAGACCGCUAAUAACAGAUGUACUACACUCUUUCAUCCCCCUUGUACCAAAUGAACUAGGUGGGUCGCUUAGGGUAGUAGACUGUGCUCUACCCACCACCAACUUAUAGCUACUCCUGCCUUCCCUCAGUCUCUUAUGCUAAAAAUGCCAGUCGUUUUUCCUGUUUAUUUAGAGUAGUGAAAAUGUGGCAAUGGUAUAGAUGGUUUUCCCGUAACUAGUAAACUUUGAGAAAGUGUUCACUUGUUCACAAGGCUAGAGGCUUUUCUAUCAUCUUUUUUAUUGACUGGUUGCUAUCUACAUUUGUACAGAUUACAUUAGAAA